AUGACAUACAUAGUGGACCAUCUACAUUUGCUUAUACUGGGGGAAGCAUCUAGUAGUCGUAAUCCUGACUUGUCUGGUGCUCAUGGUAGUGAAGGAAAUACAUUUGCAAGAUUAAUGAGGGAUGCAGAACAAGAAUUGUAUCCGAAUUGCCAGCGAUAUUCCAAAUUAUCAUUCAUUGUUAAGCUGCUACAUAUAAAGGUGCUCAAUAAAUGGAGCAACAAAUCACUCACGAUGAUACUAGAACUGUUGAAGGAUGCACUUCCCAUCGGUGAAACACUCCCAUGCUCAUACAAUGAAGUUAAACAAAUACUUCGAGAUUUGGGCCAUGAUUAUAAAAAAAUACAUGUAUGCAAGAACGAUUGUGUACUUUUUUGGAAGGAAUAUGAAAAUGAAGAUAAAUGCCCUACUUGCAAGGAGCCUAGAUACAAAUUUCAUAAAGGUGAAGGUAAAGGUAAAAAGAUCCCUCACAAGGUUUUGCGGUACUUUCCUUUAAAACCAAGGCUACAAAGGUUAUUUAUAUCAAGGAAGACAGCUACUGAUAUGAGGUGGCACAAAGAUAUACGCGUAGAGGAGAAAAAUGUAAUGCGCCAUCCGGCGGACUCUGAAGCAUGGAAAGACUUUGACAAAAAGCAUGAGUCAUUCACCAAAGAUCCUCGAAAUGUUAGGCUCGGAUUAGCAAGUGACGGCUUCAAUCCAUUUGGGAAUAUGAGUACCUCAUAUAGCAUAUGGCCAGUUUUUAUUGUCCCAUACAAUUUGCCACCCUGGAAAUGCAUGAAAGAUCCAUUUUUUAUGAUGCCUUUGCUUAUUCCUGGGCGUAGAGCUCCUGGAUUUGACAUUGAUGUGUUUUUACGACCGCUAAUAGAUGAGCUAAAUGAGUUAUGGGAGGUAGGGGUAGAGACCUACGAUGCAUCAAGUGACUCUAAUUUUCAACUGUGUGCGGCAUUAUUAUGGACUAUCAAUGACUUUCCUGCGUAUGACCCAUCAUUAUUUGGGAAAAUAAAUCAACGUGGGAAGAAGCGAAAACGUUCUCCUCAAUAUUUAAAUUGGACAAGGAGGAGAAUUUUCUUUGAUUUACCUUAUUGGAAAACCCUCAAAGUUCGUCACAACCUUGAUGUUAUGCACAUUGAAAAAAAUGUAUGUGAUAGUGUUCUAGGAACAUUGAUGAACAUUGAUGGAAAAACCAAGGACACAUACAAGGCUCGUCUUGAUCUAAUGGAUAUGGGUAUAAGGCCUAAAUUACAUCCAAGGGAAGUACAUGGCCAAACAUUCCUACCUCUUGCUUGCUUCAUGUUGUCUCCACCUAAAAAGAGGAACUUUUGUGAAUUCUUGAGUUCAAUUAAAUUGCCAGAUGGCUAUGCCUCAAACAUAUCACAUUGUGUGAACACUAGUGACUAUCGAAUUACGGGGUUGAAAAGCCAUGAUUGCCAUGUUAUCUUGCAAAGAUUACUUCCUAUUGCUCUACGUGGAUGUUUGAAAAAGGAUGUGAGCAAAGCAUUAAUUGAGUUUAGCUUGUUCUUUAAGGAGUUAUCGUCAAAGACAUUGAGAGUUGAUGUCUUAGAACAACUUGAGAAAGAUAUUGUUUUAAUUUUGUGCAAGCUCGAGAAGAUAUUUCCACCAUCUUUUUUUGAUAUUAUGAUUCAUUUAUCCAUUCACUUAUCGCGUGAAGCAAUCCUUGCAGGACCGGUGCAAUACCGGUGGAUGUAUGGAUUUGAAAGGUACAUGCAUAUUCUUAAGGGUUAUGUACGCAACAAAGCUCGUCCAGAAGAAUCUAUUGCUGAAGGUUACAUUGACAAUGAGGCUCUCACUUUUUGCUCUAUGUACUUCCAUGGAGGUGAGACAAGAUUUAAUAGACCUGAACGAAACUAUGAUGGGCCUAUUGAGGCAGCACAAGAUGGAAACUUGUUUGUAUUUAGGCAAAAAGUUCGUGGAUUAGGAGCUGCAAUUAAUGAUGUGUUGAAUUUAGUGAAUUUGAAAAAAGUUCGAUGGUACGUGUUGAAUAAUUGUGAUGAAGUUCAACCAUAUGUGCUGCAAUACAUGGAUGAACUUGAAGGACAAGGUUUGACAAAUAUGCAAGAGAGGCUAGAAUCAUAG